CGCGUUCGUCUAAAAGUUAACCUCCUCGCAGAUUAAAUUGUACAAACAAAACGCCGUGCUAAAUUGAAGCGAUUUCACAAAGGGUGCUAAUCUUAGCAUCUUAAUAAAUAGUCGAUGUUUCCUUAUCGAUGUGUAUAGACGUAUAUGAAACAGUAUAGUGAACAAUAGUGUUAAAAUGGAGAAAGAAAAUAAGAUGGAUAAGCUUAAAAAUCGCCUAAUAAAAAUACAAGAGAAGAUACAAGACCGCGUCGAAGAUUUUCAAGAUCAAGUGCAAAAUAAAAUGGAGAAAUGCAAAAUUUCAAAGUUAAUAUCAAACAUGUCUGAGGAAAAGGGGUCAAUUGACAGUACAGAUAGUAGAAGCAGUUUAGACAAGUCUUCUACAAUGUCAUCAGAUAAUACAGAAUCUGUAAUAAACAGUUUACCGUCUGUUGUUAUUGAACCAUCAGAAAAUAAUGAUGCUCAAAUAUGCGAACAUUUCUUAUAUGCUGAAAGAAAUGGAGGUAUUUGGAAGAGAAGAAGUUUAUCCGCCUCAAAUUUAUCGUUCGAGGUUAAUAAGAAUAGUAAUACUUCAAGUGAAUCAUGUAUAUCCUGUUUAUCAUCUAGUGAUGAAAGACUUUCACCAGAUAUUAGGCCAAGAGCUGGCAGUCUACCUCCAGAUAAUCGUGUCGAUAUACCGACAGCAAUAAAUACAUGCACAGAACUUAUGGAAAAACUGGGCAGCAGAUUCCCUAGACUUAAAAGUAGGAGCGACAGAAUCCACAGGUAUUUAUUGAAGAAUACGAGGUUGAGUGACGUAAACAAAAGGCUCAAAGCACAGAUAUGGAGUUCGGUGGUCACCAUCGUGCUGGUGGAGGCGAAAAACCUUCCUCCCAUGGACUUGGACACGAGAUCUAGUGAUCCAUAUUGUAAGUUCAGAUUAGGUAACGAGAAAUAUAAAAGCAAAGUAGUCUGGAAAACCCUACAUCCGUCGUGGUUGGAGCAGUUCGACUUCCAUCUAUAUGAUGACCAGGAGCAAAUACUGGAAGUCACCGUGUGGGACAAGGAUAAACAGACAAAAGACGACUUUCUGGGAAAAUGCACAAUAGAUCUCUCAAAAUUGGAACGGGAGAUAACUCACAGCAUCUGGCAAGAUCUAGAAGAUGGCAAUGGACAAAUCUUUUUACUUCUCACCAUAAGUGGUACCACUCAAUCUGAGACGAUUACUGAUCUAUCGAGCUACAGAGAAAACCCGAGGGAUAUAGCAAAUAUGGAACACAGAUAUACGUGGUAUCGUCUAAAUGAAACGUCUAGUGGGGUUGGAUGGCUGUGUGUUAAAGUAUACGGAGCUAAGGGUUUAGCAGCGGCCGACUUGGGAGGAAAAUCGGACCCUUUCUGUGUCCUGGAAUUAGGCAACGCUAGACUACAAACGCAUACAGAAUAUAAAACACUAACACCUAACUGGAUGAAGAUCUUCACAUUUACUGUGAAAGAUAUAUGUUCAUAUCUAGAAGUAACUGUAUACGAUGAAGAUCACGACCAUAAAGUGGAAUUCCUCGGCAAACUAUCUGUACCAAUAUUGAGUAUACGCAACGGUGAAAAGAGAUGGUACGCUCUAAAGGAUAAGAAGAUGAGGGCGAGAGCAAAAGGGAACUAUCCACAAAUAUUGUUGGAGAUGAUGGUCAUAUGGAAUCCGUUGAAAGCAGCAAUAAGGGCGGUAAAUCCAAAAGAACCUAAGUAUAUGCACCAAGAGGCCAAAUUUAAAAGACAGUUGUUCAUAAGAAACGUAAUGAGAUUGAAAGCUAUUAUUAUGUGGUUCAUAGAAAUUGGAAAGAUUUUACAAGACUGUUUUGAAUGGGAAUCAAGAUUAUUGUCGUUCUUAGGCCUCUUGGUAUGGCUGGCUUUUUGUUACUACUACGAAAUGUGGAUGUUGCCGUUUUUAUUACUAAUAUUUUUCAGUCGAAACUUCCUCAUUUAUAGAUUAACAGGAGGCAAUCCUUUAUUGAUACCAGUUGAUGAUGACGAUUUAUUAGCUGAAGAAGACGACGAAGAUGAAGCAGAUAAGGAAGAGAAGAAAUCACUAAAAGAACGUCUGCAAGCAAUACAAGAAGUAACACAAACUGUCCAAAAUGCUAUUGGUUACGUAGCUUCCCUAGGAGAAGCAGUAAAAAAUUUAAUGAAUUUCACGGUGCCAUAUCUAAGUUAUUUAGCUAUAAUAAUGUGCUUUGGAGCUAUGUUAGUACUAUAUGUGAUACCGCUGAGAUACCUUCUCAUGGCAUGGGGUGUUAAUAAAUUUACAAGGAAAAUUCUACGACCACAUUCAAUUCCUAACAAUGAAGUGUUAGAUUUGUUAUCGAGGGUACCAGACGACGAAAUAUUAUUGGACUGUAGAGAAUUAAAACCUCAUCCACCGAGUGAACAUCGCCGGGAUGCAAGAAAAAAACACAAAGCUUCGUAACAUAUCUCUUAUAGUUGGUUUCGAGAACGCAUCAGAUAUUAUGUCUCAAAAAUAUCCACCAAAUAAAGAGAGAGAAGAAUACGAUCACAAAAGAAUAUUUAUACAAUUAUUACUAUUAUUAUUUAUUUGCAUUGUUUCAAUUACGAAAAUAUUUAAAAAACCAUAAUAUCGUAUGAACUCUAAUUUGUCAUCCAUAUAGGUAUAAAAGAUAUUGAUUGAAAAAUAGUGAUGGAUGCUAAAAUCGUUAAUUGAAAUAAUAAUCCUUUUAAUAUUAUUUCAUUUAACAGAAUAUACUAAUAAAUUGUAAGCACAGAAAUCUCAGAUGCAUUUAUAUUUCACUAUAUUUUUUAGAAUACUAGUUGAUAAUAUGUUAUUGCUAAAUCGAACAAGAAAAAGAUUUAUCUAAAUUGUAUAAUUAUUUUGUACGUUAUUUGUUUGUAAAUAUUACGUUUAGAUUUUAAAGCUUAGUUAUAAAUGAUAGUUUGUUGAUUAGAAUGGUGGUAUAAAAUCUGUGAUUUUGAAAGAUCUUAAUAAUAAAUAUCGUUAAUAUGUAUUGUACGUUUAUAACACCGAUAAAAAUUCCGGAGCCUGGUAUCUAUAUAAAAAUAUAAUUGAAAAAAAAUUUGUAUUUAUAGAAUAUAUUAUAUAAAAUAUCAAUAGAGACUCCAUAAUUGCUUUCGUUCAUAAGAACUAAGUCUUCCCAGAUUUUAUGUGCCCUCAUAUAUUUUGAUAAAUUGCAUUAAACAAAUUUAUUUUCUGAUAUCAUAGAACAUGUAAGUCAAUAGAUCUAGGCUUCUGGAAAUAAUAAUAAAAACAUU